CUCUCUCUCCUCCUCUCUCUCUCUCUCUCUCUCUCUUUCUCUAUCUGUCUUUGGGGUUCGAUCUGAUCGAACCAUUGAAACCCCCCUCAAGAACUCUUCUCUUCAUUUUUUUCUCUCUCUCUCCAUUGUCUAUUUGUUCUCUCUCUACUGGUAUUUACGGGUUGGUUCUUGCCUACAGGCCUUUCUCUCUCUACCUUUCUUCAUGCUUCUUUGAUGGCUUGUUUUUGCUCUUUCACAGGCAAGACUCUUGGAGAUGCUUUCUAGUCAUUGAUUUCCAUUGGAUUGGUUGAAAUUUGAAGAAACUGGGUUAAACGAUGAAGUGGAAACGGCGGAGGAUUUCAGAAGUGCCUCCCAAAAUUCGUGCCUUCAUCAACAGUGUAACAUCUACUCCUCUUGAGGAAAUAGAAAAGCCCCUCAAAAGUUUCACUUGGGAGUUUGACAAGGGUGACUUUCAUCAUUGGGUUGAUCUUUUUAAUCAUUUUGAUUCAUUCUUUGAGAAGUAUAUAGUACCAAGAAAAGAUCUGCAGGUGGGGGAUAAUUUUUUGGAUGUGGAUCCUCCCUUCCCUAGGGAAGCUGUCCUUCAGAUUCUUCGUGCCAUAAGGAUCAUCUUGCAGAAAUGCACAAACAAGCACUUCUAUAGUUCUUAUGAACGGCAUCUCUCAUAUCUCCUUGCUUCAGCCGAUGCUGAUGUGGUGGAAGCCAGCUUACAAACUUUGGCUGCAAUUUUGAAGAAAUCAUCCGGCAAGGGCUCCAUACGAGAUCCUUUGCUUCAUUCAAAGCUAUUUGCUUUUUCCCAAGGAUGGGGUGCAAAAGAAGAGGGCCUUGGGUUAAUUGCUUGCUCCACAGAGAACGCCUGUGAUUCUAUGGCUUAUCAGUUGGGUUGCACUCUUCAUUUUGAAUUUUAUGAUGCCAAUGAAUCACAUAUGGGGGGAUCUGGUCGAGGGUUGCAGGUGAUUCAUCUUCCAGAUAUCAAUUCUCGUGAUGAAACGGAUCUUGAACUUUUGAAUAAGCUGAUAUUGGAGUACAAGGUACCUUCUAAGUUGCGUUUUUCUCUAUUGACAAGGCUACGGUUUGCAAGGGCAUUUGGGUCCUUAGCCACCCGGCAACAAUAUACAUGUAUUCGGCUUUAUGCUUUUGUAGUGCUUGUUCAAGCAACAAGUGACUCCGAUGACUUGACUGCCUUUUUUGAUAACGAGCCUGAAUUUGUUGAUGACCUAGUAUCCUUAUUAAGCUAUGAAGAUGUAGUUCCUGAGAAGAUUCGAAUUCUAGGGAUUCUAUCAUUGGUUGCUCUCUGCCAGGACCGUUCUCACCAGACUACGGUUUUAAGUGUUGUGACAUCUGGGGGUCAUCGUGGUAUAUUACCCAGUCUCAUGCAGAAGGCCAUAGAUUCGGUAAUGAGUGAAUCUUCGAAAUGGUCAAUUGUUUUCACUGAGGCACUUCUCUCUCUAGUUACCACUCUGGUAUCUUCAUCGUCGGGCUGCAUUGCUUUAAGGCAAGCUGGAUUUGUCCCAACCCUCCUCCCUCUUCUUAAAGACACAAAUCCCCAGCACUUGCACUUAGUAAGUACUGCAGUUCAUGUUUUGGAAGCGUUCAUGGACUACAGCAAUUCGUCUGAUUCUUUGUUCAGAGACUUGGGGGGAUUGGAUGACACUAUUUUCCGCCUGAAAUUUGAAGUUUGUUCUAUUGAGAAGGGUUCAAGAAAAAAUGGGGAAGAAACCCAAUGUAAUUGGAAAGGGAAGGAAGUCAUUGAUACAACAGGUGAGCUGGAUAUGCAACCACUUUACUCUGAGGCCUUGGUUGCUUAUCACCGGAGGCUUUUGAUGAAAGCCUUACUUCGUGCCAUAUCUCUUGACACCUAUGCUCCAGGGAACUCUGCUCGCUCUUAUUCUUUGGAAGACAGCUUGCUACCAGAGUGCUUGUGCAUUAUUUUUCGAAGGGCUAAAGAUUUUGGUGGAGGGGUCUUUUCCCUGGCGGCUACAGUCAUGAGCGACCUCAUUCACAAGGACCCUACUUGCUUUCUCGUUUUGAAUGCAGCGGAAUUGCCCUCUGCAUUUCUCGACGCCCUCUUGGGUGGGGUUCUUUGCUCUUCAGAGGCAAUAGCAUGCAUACCCCAGUGCUUGGAUGCCUUGUGCCUUAACAGCGUUGGUCUCCAAGCUGUCAAGCAUCGAAAUGCUUUGAGAUGCUUCGUUAAGAUAUUCACCUCACGAACUUACUUGCGAGCCCUUGCUGGUGAUACCCCAGGAACCUUGUCCUCUAACUUGGAUGAACUUAUGCGCCAUGCUUCUGCAUUGCGUGGGCCUGGUGUGGACAUGUUGAUUGAGAUUUUGAAUACUAUCAUGAAAAUUGGUUCUGGGGUAGAAUUACCAUCAUCAUCUUCUGAAUCCCCAAAUUCUUCUGCUCCUGUUCCUAUGGAAACAGACAUGGAAGAGAAGAACCCUGUAUCUUCUGAUGAAGGUGAACCAUCCAAAGCUGAGGGUGUUGAACAAAUGAUCGAGGCUUCAUCUGAGGGCACAUCUGUAAAUAUGGAGUCAUUUCUUCCUGAAUGUAUAAAUAAUAUUGCUCAGCUAUUGGAUAACAUUCUUCAGAAUUCUGAUACUUGCAGGCUCUUCAUCGAUAAAAAGGGCAUUGAAGCUGUAUUGCAACUAUUUACGCUGCCCUUGCUGCCUCUUUCAGCUACAAGCAACCUGAAUAUCUCUGCUGCCUUUAGAAACUUCUCACCCCAACAUUCUGCUGCUUUGGCUCGCGCUGUCUGUGCAUUCUUGAAAGACCAUAUCAAGUCGACCAGUGAAGCCCUAAACUCAGUUGGUGGGGUGAAGCUCACUAGGCUUGAAGGUGUAGCCCAAAUGAAAGUCCUGAGAUGCCUGUCCAGUCUUGAGUGUCUCCUAUCAUUUUCAAUUUCUUUGUUGAAGGGGACAACAACGAUUAUGAUAUCUGAGUUGGGUGUGGCUGAUGCUGAUGUACUGAAGGACUUUGGGAGGACAUAUAAGGAAUUACUUUGGCAAAUUUCGUUGAAUAGCAAUGCAAAUUCAGAUGAGAAAAGGGAGCUUGAUCAGGAAACAGGAGCCUCAGGUUCAGUACCAUCCAGCGUCAAUGGAAGAUGGAGCGAUGAUGAUGCAAGCCUCAUACCAGGAUUCAGGUAUGUUAACCCUGUCUCUAUGAGGAGCAGCAGUACUUCACGAUGGAGAAGAGACCCAUUUUUCUUGACACCCAUGCAUCCUGGUGAUGUCAUGCAUCGUCAUGGCCGUAGGGAUCAUGCGCUUGACAGCUUAACUAGAUGGAGGGCUAGUAGAUCUACUCGCCUUGAAGAAAGUAUGAACAUUGACAUAGAGGGUACCUCAAAUGCUUCAGAAUCCUCUCAAGUCCAAGAGGUAAAGAAGAAGAGCCUUGACACAGUUAUUUCAGAGGUUUUGGCUAAACUGGCUUCAACAACACGCUCCCUCUAUGCCGUGCUCGUAAAAGGGCUCACGGCUCCCAAUCGUCGAAGGUUUGAUUCUGGGCCAAUGAGUUCGGCAGCCAAAAGCCUUGCAGUUGCCAUAGCCAAAAUUUUCCAUGAAUGUCUUAGCUAUUCUGGUCACUCCACUUCUACAGGCCUUGAACUCUCACUAUCAGUGAAGUGUCGUUAUCUUGGCAAGGUGGUGGAGGACAUGGUUGCUCUCACCUUUGAUAGCAGAAAACGCCUGUGCAGCACAGUCCUAAUAAACAACUUUUAUGUACAUGGGACAUUCAAAGAACUCUUGACCACAUAUGAAGCCACAAGCCAGUUGCUCUGGACUCUACCUUUCUCUAUCUCAGGUUCCUGUGUCGAUCAAGGGAAAGCUCUCGAAGACCACAAAUUAUCUCACACCUCCUGGUUGAUGAAGACUUUGCAGAGCUAUUGCCGGUUGCUUGAGUGUUUUGUAAAUUCUUCUUUACUCUUAUCCUUUCCAUCCCAGCUGCUUGUUCAGCCUGUUGCAGCUGGAUUAUCCAUUGGCUUCUUCCCAAUUCCAAAGGAACCAGAGGCUUUUGUUCGUUUAUUACAGUCUCAAGUUCUUGAUGUGAUUCUUCCUAUAUGGAACCACCCAAGUUUUCCUCAAUGUAGCCCUGUUUUCAUUACUUCCAUUACUUCUAUUAUUAACCAUAUAUACUCGGGUGUUGGAGAGGUGAAGAAGAACAAGACCAGUGUCGUGGGAACCACAAACCCACGCUAUAUGGGUCCUCCACUUGAUGAAUCCACGAUUGUUACCAUAGUGGAAAUGGGUUUUACAAGGGCAAGAGCAGAAGAAGCAUUAAGGCGUGUUGAAACGACCAGUGUUGAGAUGGCUAUGGAUUGGUUGGUUAGCCACCCUGAGGAGCCUGUACAAGAAGAUGUCGAUCUUGCUCGUGCUCUCGCCUUGUCACUGGGUAACUCCUCUGAAUCAUCAAAGGAGGAUGGCAGUGAGAAGAUUCAAGAUAUUCCAACUGAGGAGAGAGUCACUGAGAUUCCUCCUGUUGAUGAUAUUCUUGCUGCAUCUAUGAAACUGUUUCAAUGUGGUGAUUCAUUGGCCUUUCCCCUGAGUGAUUUGCUUGUGACCCUUUGUAGCCGGAAUAAAGGAGAGGAUCGCUCAAAAGUGGCUAUUUAUCUAAUUCAACAACUGAAGCUCGCUAAAGUGGAUUUCUCCGAGAAGGGUAAAGAGUGUGUUGCUUUAUCUGCAUUCUCCCAUAUUUUAUGCUUAAUUCUCAAUGAAGAUAGCAGUGUAAGAGAAAUUGCUGCUGUAAAUGGGAUGGUCUCUGCUGCCUUGAAUAUAUUGAUGGAUUUCAAACUUAGAAGAUACUCUGGACAAGAGGUUCACUAUCCAAAAUGUGUAAGUGCUUUGCUUCUGAUCGUGGAUCUCAUGUCUCAGUUAAAACCCAAGGUCUCUUUAAAUACCACUGAGGGAACCAUUUUGGGGUCCUUGGUGAACUCAUCUGGAGGGGACACUUCUUUACCUCCUUUCUCAUCUGUUGAGGGAAGAUCUACUGCAGCUGGUGAUGAGAGAGAAACUAGAAAUGCAUUUGAGAAAGUCUUGGGGAAGCCGACUGGGUAUCUGAGUGUUGAGGAGGGCCAUGCUGCAGUAGAUAUGGCAAUUGAAUUCAUGAAACAACAUGUUCCUUCGGCAGUUAUGCAGGCUUCAUUACAGUUGUGUGCCCGACUGACAAAAUCACAUAUUUUAGCUUUGCAAUUCCUUGAUAGUGGAGGUUUGGCUGCUCUUUUCAGUCUCCCCAGAAGUUGUUUCUUCCCUGGAUAUGACACCUUUGCUUCCACUAUCAUACGCCACCUCCUAGAAGACCCUCAAACUCUUCAGGCUGCUAUGGAGUUGGAGAUAAAGCACACAAUGGCGGGCAGCCUUAGCCGUCAUGGCAGCCAUGUCCCCCCCAGGAUAUUCUUGACAUCAAUGGCCCCAGUUAUAGCAAGGGACCCGACAAUUUUCAUGAGAGCGGUUACCGCAGUUUGUCAAUUAGAGUCUUCAGGAGGAAGGGUUACCAUUGGUCUUUCUAGGGAAAAGGACAAGGAGAAGGAUAAAGCAAAAUCUGCCUCUAUUGAAGUUGGGAUUUCUUCUGAUGAGGGAAUUCGGUUUCCUGAAAUAACUAAUAAGUCACAUGAUGGUCAGGCAAAGUAUUCAAAGGGUCACAAAAGAGUUCCCCAAAGCCUUACACAAGUAAUAGACCAGCUCUUGGAGAUAAUUCUGGAAUACCCAUCUCCACGAAAGCAUGGAGAGUAUGCAAGUCAUAUAACAGCUAUGGAAGUUGAUGAACCUAUCAGUAAGGAGAAGGGUAAGUCAAAGGUCAGUGAGAUGGUUCAAAGUGAUGAACAUAACCUCUCUGAGUGCUCUGCUAAUCUAGCAAAGGUGACUUUUGUCCUUAAAUUGAUGAGUGACACUCUUCUCAUGUAUUCACAUGCUGCGGGGGUUGUCUUGAAAAGGGAUUUGGAGGCCUGCCAACUUCGUGGGCCUGGCCAAGUUGAUGGCCCUGCGCAUACUGGGAUACUCCAUCAUGUGAUUCAUCAGCUUCUACCAUUGUUUUCUGAUAAAACCUCGGAAUCUGCUGAAGAAUGGAAGGAUAAGCUCUCAGAGAGAGCAUCAUGGCUUUUGGUUGUGCUUUGUGGUCGAUCUGGUGAAGGUCGAAGACGAAUAAUUGGUGAGAUUGUGAGAUCCCUGAACUCUUAUUCAAGCCAAGUCGGCUAUUCCUCUAGGCAUGUGAUAUCACCGGACAAAAGGAUUCUGGCUUUUGCUGACUUAGUCAAUUCCAUUCUAUCAAAAAAUUCAUCAUCGGCUAAUCUUCUUGGUCCCGUAUGCUCCCCAGAUGCAGCCAAGACCAUGAUUGACUAUGGGGUGGUUCAGGCUUUGACCGGUAUCCUUCAGGUUAUCGAUUUAGACCAUCCAGAUGCUUUGAAAACUGUAAAUCUUAUCAUAAAGGCUUUGGAGGCUUUAUCGCGAGCUGCAAUUUCUAGUGAACAAACGAGCAAGUCGGAUGGACAUGUUAAAAAGAGAUCUACAGCCACUAUAGGGAGGACUGAAGAUCAAACAGUCGGGCUUCCAAACGGUGGAAUUAUUGAGAAUGAGCAAAAUACUGGCCAAGGGGAAAGGUUGGGUGCUGAACCAAGUGAAGGGCAAUUUCAUGGAAUUUCGUCUGGUCAGAAUGUAGGGGAGCACGAUGGAAAUGACAACCAGUCCAUGGAGCAAGACAUGAGAGUAGAAGUGGAUGGGCCUUUGAGCAAUGAUCAUCAGGCUAUGGAUCAUGGGGAGGAAUUUAUGCGUGAAGAUAUUGAAGAGGGUGACACAAAUGGGGUUGGGAUAACAUUCAGAGUUGAGCACGGGCCGAAUGAUGAUAUGGGUGAUGAAGAUGAGGAUGAUGUAGGUGAUGAUGGUGAGGAGGAUGAUGAUGAUGAGGAUGAAGAUGAGGAAGACGAUGAAGACAUAACUGAGGAGGGUGCUGCUCAUUUGUCUAUGGUUGACACAGAUGUUGACGACCAUGAUGACAAUGGUCUCGGAGAUGAGUACAAUGAAGACGUGGUUGAUGAAGAGGAUGAUGAUUUCCAUGGCAGUCGUGUCAUAGAAGUGAGUUUGAGUGAAGGUCUAGAUGGGCUUGAUGGGUUGCAGGUCUUGGGACAACCGGGAGCUUCAGGUUCUGUUGUCGAUGUAAGUGCCUCAUUUCGAGGGAUACAUGUUGACGAUAUAUUUGGGUUUAGAAGAUCAGUAGGUGUUGAUCGGCGUCACCAAACUAGUAGUCGGUCUUUCCUCGAACGACCGGGUCUUGACCAUGUUAACACUUUGCAGCAUCCAUUGCUCAUGAGGCCUCCCCAGUCUGGCGAAACAAAUACUUCUACAUGGUUGGCCAACGGAAUUGGAACUUCUAGAGAUGUGGAAGCUUUAUCAGUUAGGAACUUUGAUUUGGCUCACUUCUACACAUUUGACACUCCUGGAGUUGUUCACGACCACACACCUGUUACAUGGUCUGAUCCAUUGGUUGGUUCUGCAUCACCUUUGAUUGACUUCUCCAUAGGCAUGGAAUCCAUGCAUGUGAUGGGAAGAAGAGGAGGGCAUGGUGAUAGUCGGUGGACUGAUGAUGGUCAGCCUCAAGCAGGCACCCAAGCUGCCAUUAUUGCACAAGCAGUUGAGGAUCUCUUUAUAAACCGGUUUCUUAGCUUGGUUCCCAUGGAAAGACUUCCAACACAGGGUUUAUCUGAGAACCCAGAGGGACAGGAGAGGCAACGAUUGGAUAUUUCACCAUCAAAUGGUGGGAAACAAAUAGAGGUGGCCGGAAAUAGUGUGGAAAACCAGCAAGAUGAAGGACAGCAUGCAAUAGCUGAAAAUCUGGGCCCCAAUUUACCUGUUGGGUCAGAUAACACAGGCACUCAACCAAAAGAGGGAGAACAAAUUUCAACGCAUGCUGAUCAAUGUCGUUCCAGUGAAAAUAUGCAAACUUUGGAGGGAACAGUCGCAAAUCAUAGACACUCAGAGUUGGUGCAAAAUGCAGGGCCUGAAAUUCCUUUACCUUCAUUUGAUGUUCGAAAUGAGUCCUUUGAUCAAGACUGUGUUGCAAUGGAUGCUGAUCUUUCUGAGAUUGAGCUUCAACGUGAGGUCACCCCUGGGCCUUCAGGAAUGGAGAGUGAGUCGAGUACUUAUGCUAUGUUGGUUUCAGCUGAUGAAGUACGUGGUUCAGGGUGUGCUCAAUCUGGUUCUAUUCAUGCUAAUGAAGAUGUGGAGAUGGACGGCGUAGAUGCUUCUGUAAAUCAAGCUGAAAGUCGAGAUCCAUCUUCUAAUCUCAGGGUGGAUGAGCCCUUAUCUGAGCCAAAUGCAAGAGAUGCCCAAGAUGCUAACCAGGAUGAGCAAGCAAAUGUUGGCGAUGAGAAUGGAAGCGCCAAUGCUAUAGACCCAACCUUCUUAGAGGCAUUACCGGAGGAUCUUCGUGCUGAAGUACUGGCCUCUCAACAAGCUCAACCUGCUAGAGCUGCAACUUAUACCCCUCCUCUUGCAGAAGACAUUGAUCCUGAAUUCCUGGCUGCUCUUCCACCUGAUAUCCAGGCUGAAGUAUUAGCUCAACAACGUGCUCAAAGAGUGGUGCAGUCUCAGCAAGCGGUUGGACAGCCAGUUGAUAUGGACAAUGCUUCAAUCAUUGCUACCUUUCCUGCUGAUCUUCGUGAGGAGGUGCUCUUGACAUCCUCAGAAGCGGUUCUGUCUGGGUUACCUUCACCUUUACUUGUUGAAGCUCAAAUGCUUAGAGAUCGAGCGAUGAGCCACUACCAGGCCCGUAGCAUUUUCGGAAGCAGUCAUAGGCUUGGGGGUAGGAGGAAUACUUUGGGAAUUGACAGGCACACGGCAAUGGAUAGAGGUGUUGGGGUAACCAUUGGCCGAAGAGCAGUUGCUGCCCUAGCGAGAAACACGAAAGUGAAGGAGAUUGAAGGCACACCCCUCUUAGAUGCUAAUGCUUUAAGAGCACUUAUCCGACUGUUGAGGUUGGCACAGCCCUUGAGUAAAGGCCUUCUGCAUAGGCUCUUGUUAAACCUUUGUGCACAUGGUGGGACAAGGGCCACUCUAGUUCGCUUUUUGCUCGAUAUGAUUAGGCCUGAAGCAGAGGGUCUUGUAUGUGGAUCCACUUCUAUCAGUUCCCAGAGGCUAUAUGGUUGUCAAUGGAAUGUGGUUUAUGGUCGUCCACAGAUGGCAGAUGGUCUUCCGCCCCUUGUAUCUCGUCGUGUACUUGAGAUUUUGACAUAUCUAGCAACUAGUCAUUUACCCGUGGCGGAUAAUCUUUUCUACUAUCAUUCUUUGCCCCUUGAAUCUCCCAACCAGGCGGGGUCUGAUAUCAAAAAGGAGAAAGGAAAAGGCAAGAUUUCUGAAGGGUCAGGUUCAUCAUCUCUGGGAACUUCUCAAAAUAUCAAAAUACCUCUAAUAUUGUUUCUGAAACUCCUGAAUCAACCUCUGUUUCUUCGUAGUAGUGCUCAUCUGGAACAGGUGAUUGGUCUUUUACAAGUAGUGGUGAAUAAUGCUGCUACAAAGGUGAAAUGUCAACUUCACUCUCGGCAGGUGCUAGAUGGUUCUCAGUCUCUACCUGAUAAGAGUGCACCCUCUGACACUAGAAAGGAUGGUCCUGCUUCAGAGCAAACUGAGCUAAAAGAGCCAGAAAAAAGCUCAACCACUAAUGCCUCCACUUCAGGUGGAAAGGAAGAAGUUAACCCAUAUGAUGUUCUCUUGCAACUUCCAGAGUCAGAUUUGCGCAACCUUUGCAGUCUUCUUGCACAUGAAGGGUUAUCAGAUAAGGUGUAUUCACUUGCUGCUGAAGUUCUCAAGAAAUUGGCCUUUGCAGUGGUCCCCCAUAGAAAAUUUUUCACUUCUGAGCUAGCCAGUUUGGCCAAUGGGCUAAGUGGGUCAUCUGUUCAUGAGCUUGCAAACGUUGCAAGCACCCAAAUGCUGGAGUUAAACACAGGUUCUAUGGCAGGGGCUGCAAUCUUGAGGGUUUUGCAGACUCUUAGCAGCCUCGCCUCUGUGGGUGAUAGUUAUAGGGUUGAACAGAGAGAAAAGGAGCAUUGUGAGCAAACCAUCAUGUGGGAGUUGGAUUUAGCACUUGAGCCAUUGUGGCAAGAACUGAGUGCCUGCAUAAGCAAGACUGAGACCAACUUGAUGCAUAUUCAAGCUUUUCCCUCUCCCUCACAUAGCUCAAAUGCUGGAGACCAUGGUGGUGGAGCCUCAGCAUCGUCGCCUCCCCUCCCUCCUGGCUCUCAGAGGUUGCUUCCUUUCAUAGAAGCCUUCUUUGUUUUGUGUGAGAAAUUGCAAUAUAACCAAUCGAUAGUAUCUCAGCCAGAGCAAAUUGAUGUUACCGCUAGAGAAGUGAAAGAGUCAGCUGGGGCUUCACGUCUUUCUAACAUGAAAAGUGGGUGUGUUGGGCAACGGCGUUCUGAUGGUUCCAUGACCUUCACUAGGUUUGCUGAUAGGCACCGCCGCCUUUUGAAUGCUUUUAUAAGGCAGAGCCCGGGUUUGCUCGAGAAGUCUCUCUCUCUCAUGCUGAAGGCACCGAGAUUGAUAGAUUUCGAUAACAAAAGGUCAUACUUCCAAUCAAGGAUCAGGCAGCAACAUGAGAUACACCCUUCUCCUCCUUUACGCGUCAGUGUAAGAAGGGCAUAUGUCUUGGAGGACUCAUUCAACCAGUUGAGGAUGCGAUCGAGCCAGGAUCUUAAAGGGCGGCUCACUGUUCAGUUCCAAGGAGAAGAAGGGAUCGAUGCUGGUGGGCUUACUAGGGAGUGGUACCAGCUACUAUCUAGAGUGAUAUUCGACAAGGGAGCUUUGCUUUUCACGACAGUUGGAAAUAAUACUACAUUUCAGCCCAACCCCAACUCAGUUUACCAGACCGAGCAUCUUUCUUACUUCAAAUUUGUGGGCCGUGUGGUUGCUAAGGCACUCUUUGAUGGCCAUCUACUGGAUGUCUACUUCACUCGCUCCUUUUACAAGCAUAUUCUCGGCGUGAAAGUGACCUACCAUGAUAUAGAGGCAGUUGAUCCUGAUUUCUACAAGAACUUGAAGUGGAUGUUGGAGAAUGAUGUGAGCGAUAUUCCUGAUCUGACUUUUAGUAUGGAUGCUGAUGAGGAGAAGCACAUCCUUUACGGUAAAUCUGAGGUUACGGACUAUGAGCUUAUACCCGGGGGAAGAAAUAUAAGGGUAACAGAGGAAACAAAGCACGAGUAUGUUGACCUUGUGGCAGAACAUCGGUUAACAACUGCAAUCCGUCCACAAAUUAAUAGCUUCCUCGAAGGUUUCAAUGAAUUGAUCCCUAAAGAACUAAUCUCUCUUUUCAAUGAUAAAGAGCUUGAGCUGCUGAUCAGUGGGCUUCCAGAAAUAGACCUUGACGAUUUGAAGGCCAACGCCGAGUAUUCAGGAUACACUGCUGUAUCAAGUGUUAUUCAGUGGUUUUGGGAGGUUGUGAAGACAUUCAAUAAGGAGGACAUGGCUAGGCUGCUUCAGUUUGUAACUGGAACAUCAAAGGUUCCUCUGGAUGGUUUUAAAGAUUUGCAAGGCAUCUCGGGUCCCCAGCAUUUUCAAAUUCAUAAGGCAUAUGGAGCUCCGGAGAGGUUGCCAACAGCCCAUACCUGUUUCAACCAACUAGACCUUCCUGAGUAUUCUUCGAAGGAGCAGCUUCAAGAACGGUUGUUGCUUGCAGUCCAUGAGGCCAGUGAAGGCUUUGGCUUUGGAUGACCCCAUAGCCUCUCGAUACCCAGUUCUUCUUCCAGUUGCUAAUCUUGCAGAUACACAGAAGUUCCGCGCUGAAAGAAUCGAUCUGUCUAGAGGGAGCUCCAUAGAAAAUUCUUGCAUUGGGAUGGAGAUUUGGCAGCUCCCUGAUUCAAUGUUGGAAAGCUUCCUUCAAAAAAAUACAGAGGAUAGGCAAGUGAAGGAAGCUAGCAUCUGCAAAGGCUAGGAAAUGCAAUUUCUUUUCCUUUAAUAGUCUUGGAAUGAACAUACAUUUGAAUAUAAGAAAGAGAAUAAAGAAGAAAGUGAGAGCCUUUUUUUGUUGUCUUUUCUGUGAGCCUCAACAAAGCGAGGAAUGACAACAGUCGAUGUAGUUAGCAACUGGUGCAUGAAAUAAAAGUGGAAUUUGGGUUAUGAAGAUAUAUUGCUGUGUGUGCACGCACGCGCACAUAUGCAACUGGUGAAUGAAACAAAAGUUGAAUAUUGGCUUUGUUGUUAUUUUGCUCUGUGUGCUCGCCCUGCAGCUGGUGAAUGAAACAAAUGUUUGAAUUUGGGUUU